CUCCGGGUGGAGAUUUUGGAGCUCCGGUGUGGAAAAGAAUUGAUCCUCGUCUGCCCUUUUCCUGGACUUGUUUUUCCGCGGAAUUUAAAACGCUUCGACGCUUGGCUGCUUUAGACCCAGCCACGGCUCGCAGUUCUCGACAUUGUGGAUCCCACUCCGAGACUGAAGAAGAUCGGAACGUGACGCCCGUGUGCUGGGGACUGAGAGCGCCUUCAUCGGCCACGUGGUUGAGUGGAACAGAAAUAACUUGUGUUAUGCGCUGCAAAUCCACAUAUUGUCAAGGAGUGGCUUUCAAUCGAGAUCAGAGCCUUUGUCUAUACGGAGGCUUCCAAUCUGAUCCAACAACCCUUGAGGGUGAAGAAUACAUUGAAGUUUGGACAUUGGGACCAUUGGAAACUUAUAUCAUUACAGAGGACACUCGGAUUGCCACCAUUCCACCCAAUGAUUGCCGACUUUAUCCUGAUUGGAUCAGCAAACCCAACGGAAAAAGAUACUUCUUCACAUCUGAGUAUAUGCCCUGGAAAGAUCAAAAAGAAUUUUGCGAAUCCCGACAGGCUCGAUUGGCGACGGUCAAAUCCAACGAGGACGAGGAGAUUGUGUUUGAACUCACAGCCGGAUACGAAACUUGGCUGGGUCUGACCAAUCGUGCCGGUGAAAGAUGUGAGAAUGAAUCAUGCAAUGGGAAGUUAUUUUGGAGCGAUGGUUCAAUGUUUCAAUAUGAUCCAGCAAUUUACUCCAAGCCCAUGAUAGGGGAUUCGGCACACUUUUGCCUUCGGCUCCGGAAUGUGGAAUAUAACGACAGAGAUUGUUCCGAUUCUAAGGCUGGACUGUGCGAAGUCGUUUGCUCUUAAGAGGCUUUCUAUGCUACGUGAAAUAUUGUUUACAUUCGCUAGCCUCUACCAAACAUGGGGCCCAUUAGACCGAAACCUAAAAACUAAAUUUUUCCCGUUUUUGGUCAAAUUUUAGUCAAAUUACCAAAAACGUCGUUUUUGGGAAAUAUUCCUUUUUGAACUUUUUUGGCACUUUUCAUGCUCACUUAUUCAAAAAACCUUAAAAAACAGAAAACAAACCUGAAAUACGGUUAUAAAUAUGAAAAACUCUUUUGAUGAGAUUCAAAAAUGGCGACUUCACACCACAUCCGAAAAUUAAUUUAUUCGACAAAAAAUCUCAUUGUUCAUUUCACCAAAACAUGCAUCUCUUUUAUUGCUUUGAUUUCUUUUCAACAAAUGAGAAAAUAAGAUAUCAUGUUUAGAGCACGUUCUUGCAAACUUUAUGCUCUUGCAAUAAGUUUGGAUGUUGUUUUACUGAAAAAACGUUCAGAUUGUUUGGUUGGCUUUUCAAGCCCCUACAUGGAAUGUAAUCCCCAGUACUAUUAAAAUGAAAGGUUAUGAUUCGUAUAUUUAUUUUCUUUCAAUCUUUAUAUGAAAUUUGGUCUACCUACAAAUUUGAGUUGGCAGACCAAGCCAGUCCUUGAAUGUAGGGUUGAUCUAGAAUGCUACUCAAAAGUUUGUCCAAGUCUGACUUGAAAGAUGCUACUGGAUCAACAAGGCCUACGUAUUCCAUACAAAUAUUAGAGGGAAGCGAAUUAAACGAUGAAGGAGCCCGAGAAAGAAGAGAAGUGGACUUCAUUGUUUUAACUAGCCUGGAUUCUCCGGGGCUUGAAGGUGCUCUCAAGACGCACGUUAAGCCUCCGCGGUCAAUACAAUUGACUCUAAACCUGGGUUGGGACAAAGCUCAUGAAUGCUUUUGAAAACGUACAGUAUCAGAUACCUUUCGUACCUUCUCUGAGUACUGUACAGUCCCAACUUUUUUAGUCUUUCCCAAUACAAGAGCUCUCUCAUAUCCUCAAUGUUCCCAAUAUAACAGUUUUGAACCUGCUCAAGCUUUUGCAAACCUGCUUAACUAAUUGGAGCCCAAAUGGGAGAGGCAUAUUCAAGAUGUGGCCGAACAAUCAACUUGUAAAUAGUGAGCAUCGUGAUGCUAUCUCUGGACUAAAACGUGCAAUAUAUGUGCGAUACAUAAAUCAUACAUUUGAAAAGCUUUACCCACCUUCAACUGGAUAUGCUCAUCGAACUUUCCAUUAUUUUGGAGGACUACACCUAAAUCCUUCAUGGAUGAGACCUGCUGGAUGCCCUUACCUUCAUCAUCUAAUAAUGGAGUGCCCAAUGGCGUCGACCCGAAGUUCUUUGAGUGGAAUUUCGUUCCAUUCAGUGCCAUAUUACUCUCAGUAACCCAAGAGAAGAUUGUAUGUAGGUCCUUUGCCAGGCUACUGGAAUCUUGGUCAUUCCUACCAUGAAUGAAGCUUCUUAUCCAAUAGCGAAGCUUGCCUUGGACAUAGUGUUUGGAAAAGAAAUUACGUUCAUGCCAUGUUACUAGUUGUUCAUUUAGCAAUCAACCGUGCCUCUUUUUUUUUCCCGUUCCCUUCGGACUGUCUGUCGUUGGAAAUAAGGGCCCCCGAUUGCAAUGUGUAAGAAAGUAGACACAUUUAAAUCUUGAAUAAAUUCUUCAUCUUUCAA